AUGCCGAUAAACAGUAAGAUGAGAGAUGAAUCUCCGUUCGACAGACACGACAGCUCUGUCGACGCUUCGGACUAUUUCUCAGCUGCCUCUAGUAUUGGCGCUGGUCCCCGUGAUACUGAGCUUGUAUGCGACUCGCAAGAAUCCGAUGUCUUGACUGAUCAGAAGCAUCAUUUGAAUGAUAAUUUGAGCCUUUCCGAAUCAUUGAGCAGCGAAUCAGAAUUGGAAGAUCCCUUGCAGGACUUGGGGAUAUUCUCAGGCAUAAGUGGUCCAAAAGCGGACAUAGAUAUAGCUCGCGAGUCGCAUUUUGUAGAGUUUGAAACUGGGACCCAUUUCGAUGAUAACAUAGUGGAAAGGUUAGAUAGAUUUGAACAGCUCACCAAGACGCUCGAUGCAGCUGAAACGGAACUGCCGAAGCCCAGAGAUGUUAUUGAAGAGAAUUACCACCUACUCUUAUCUAUAUUCAAGCACGAAGUGCCGGAUGCAUAUCUCGAAAUGGUAGCCCAUGAAAACAGCGACAGCCAGCGAUUUCGGGAUUGGCACUUCCUUAUUGAGGAUACUCGAGUUGUACGACCCGAUGCGUGGGAAAUGUUUUUGAACUCUGAAAUGAAACCCUCGAAGAGGUCGCUAAGAGCCCUACUGCGAUCCUUCGGGGCCGUUAAAUUCAUGCCAGAGAAUACGGAAGGCAUAAACACCCAUAUGUACGAUACUCUGAACCAUUUGGAGUCUGUGGAGUGGAUGUGCUACGAACUUGAGAAGUAUGUGAACAGUAGUGGAUUUACUAGAACCUUCAUUCGCUUCAUUCUGGACCGAAACGUCUACAAUUCGGCAGAGUGCACCGUUACUUGGUGCUCUCGUAUCUAUGACCAGCUUUGCGAAAAGUACUUUCUGCAAGUGUAUUUGGAACUUGUAGAUCGGGAAGAAUACAUGCUCCACCUACGCAUAUCACAACAAAUUCCAGAGUUUCAUAGUGUUUUACUCGAUGAGCUAUUUCCUGAAAACGGCCCACAAACAACCAUUGAGAUCUUUAACGCGCAUUUGGGCUCGAAGAACUACCUUAAAAUGCUUUAUUGCGUAUUGUUCUUAUACGGUACUGACGCGUUUCCCGCGCCUGGUAGUGACCAAUCGUUGCUGGUGAAAAAACGAAUACAGAGUUUGGGUGUGGAUGCUGAGCAACCUGAGCUCGUAUUACUACGAAGUUAUGUGAAUUUGCUUACAAUGUAA